AUGUCGAAGCAUUCAAAAAUGGCAAUCAUAAAACGCGGCAAUGCUCUCAUCCUUGCCCAACAUUUGAAUGCUCGGGUCUCCAGAUCAAUAUUUGUCAAUGUUCCAUGGGAAGUUGCUCGUUACGGUGCGGAGCCAUUGCCUUGUUUGGCUAACUGGAUCCAUGAUUUUCUGAUUCAAAACAAAGGUCACCCAGUUCCAGAAACUGAUCGCCAAAUCCUCGAAAUUGGCCAAGCUCUCAGUAACCACAUCAACGACCGUAUCAUUGCAUGCCGUAUCCAUCGUAUGAACGACCAAGCCAAGUAUGAAAAGGAGCCAAAUGCGUCAUUCGCCGAUGUCAUCUUCAAAUUCUCGCUUCUCACCACUUACGAGCGUUACCAUCCACCAGUGAUCGGAUGCAGCAUCUCUCAUUUGCGCCCAUUCCUUGUCAUAAACUUCGCAAAUCUACCUUCUGAGGAACUGAAAGAAUCUGGAGAUGUGAGCAAGGAAAUGGGAGCUGGAGAUGGGCGAAAUAGCGAGGAAGAUGGACCAGGGGAUGGAAAAGAAAUCCAAAACGGAGGAGCGGAAAAUGGUCAACAAGAGCCACAAGAGAAGGUAAAGAAGAUCGGUGAAGAAGAGAAGCUACAGGUUGGAGCCGAAAAUGUUGGUCUUGGAAAUGAAAACUUGGAGAAACACAUAGAAGAGAUCGGCGAGCAACUGAAGGAAACUGAUUUGAAGGAUCAAUCUGAUGAAGCUGAAAAGGAGCAAAUGGAACAAGAAGCUGGUUCUGGGAAAGAGGAAGAACAAAAUCAUGGGAAAUAA